AUGGUUCUAUUCUCUCAAGCCACAUGCUGGAAAGCUUACCGCUUUAAAAAGAGCCGGGGCGGCCUCUUUGUCCGGUUCAAUUCCGCAUUUAGCUCUGAUCGCUUCGCGCAACUCGCGUCUCGACCAGCUUCCAUCCACCAGAUCUACCAGUCCCUCUCGACCGAUCCUUACGUGAAUCUUUCAAUCGAGCACUUCCUGCUAGAGAAAGCCCCGCCAGAUUCGAGUAUACUUUUUCUGUACGUCAAUCGACCAUGCGUCGUUAUUGGACGAAAUCAGAACCCUUGGCUUGAGACCAACCUUCAAAAGCUCCAUAAUGAUCGCGAAGAGAGUACCAAACACAGUGAUGGAGCGUUACUUGUCCGACGGCGAUCAGGCGGUGGCGCUGUCUUUCAUGACGCCGGCAACCUGAACUACAGCGUGAUUUCUCCCCGGGCUACCUUUACGCGGAACAAACAUGCGGAGAUGAUGAUGCGGGCAUUGCACCGUGUGGGAGCAGUUAACACAAGCGUUAAUGAGCGCCAUGAUAUAGUCAUGUCGGAGUCUGACGGUCAGCCACGGAAGAUUUCAGGGUCGGCCUUCAAGCUGACUAGGUUCCGGGGGCUGCACCACGGGACAUGCCUGCUCGAUUCGCCGAACAUCAAUGAACUCGGGUCCUUUCUCCGAUCCCCUGCUAGAGAAUAUAUCAGAGCGAAGGGUGUUGAGAGCGUUCGGUCUCCGGUGGCCAAUGUAUCCUCAUCAAUGGAAGAUGCUCCCGCUGGAUUUUCGAUGCAGGCUGUCAUUGCUAGUGUGAUGGAUGAGUUUGCGCAGCUGUAUAACGCUAGUCCGGACGCCGUCCGCCGAGCUCAACGGGCUCAUGCUGUUGAACCCGAACUAUACGCAGGGGACAACUGGGUGGCCGGGGCUGUGGGUGAUCUGGAAGCGGACGCUGUGCCUGAGAUCAAGAAGGGUAUGGACGAGCUAAAGUCUCUGGAGUGGAAGUAUACUCAGACACCGCAGUUCACAUUCUCUACGUACCCGAUUGAGGAAGACCCCCGUGAAAGACCAGCCCUUCCGCCUUCUCUACCCCCUUCGACGCGAGUAUUCUUACGACUGAAGCACGGCGCUAUCAUUGAGAGUUGUAUAUCGACUUCAAAUGAUCCAUCACUUGCCGCAGAGCAGGCGAGUCGCGUACACGAAGCCCUAAAGGGGCGAAACUUGCAUGAGCUGCAGCCAUCGCAGUGGACUGAAGUUCUGGUCAGUCGGUUAUCCGCAGACGAAGAACCAGUUACCGUACAGGAGCUCGCAAGCUUCAUUACCAGCAAAUUCGGCUCAUGA